GGGUUGUUUUGGAGGAAGUGAAGAGGAGCUCCGGGUAGCUAUCAAGUUAGCUUGAUAGAUAGAGCUAGCGUUAACGUAACGUUAGCGUUAGCGAGAUAAGGCGAAAAACUAAUGUAAAAACGACGCCCUCCAACGAAAAUAUUCACACUACAGCAGUGGUAACGUUGAUUGCAUUAGCUUAUAUUAUAUGCGAGGCUACAUAGCGGAAAUUACUUUGCUGCCAACGUCUUAAGAGUGUUGUUUUCUCAGCCAGACAUUUAACGCUAACUUCGGUAGUUAGCUAACGUGUUGGCUAACAUUUAUAGCCAAGCCAGGAGGGUUGUCUUCUUACAUAUUUUGACGGGAGGAUCCUCGCUCAGCUGAAGCACAAUGACAUCUAGGAAGAAAGUACUACUCAAAGUCAUCAUUCUUGGAGACUCAGGAGUUGGGAAGACCUCACUGAUGAACCAGUAUGUGAAUAAGAAGUUCAGUAACCAGUACAAAGCCACAAUAGGUGCUGAUUUCUUGACGAAAGAAGUCAUGGUGGAUGACAGACUUGUCACAAUGCAGAUCUGGGACACAGCAGGCCAGGAGAGGUUCCAGUCCUUAGGAGUAGCCUUUUACCGUGGAGCAGACUGCUGUGUUCUGGUAUUUGACGUGACAGCACCAAACACCUUUAAGACCCUAGACAGCUGGAGGGACGAGUUCCUGAUCCAGGCUAGUCCUCGAGAUCCAGAGAAUUUCCCUUUUGUGGUGCUGGGCAACAAGAUUGACUUGGAGAAUAGACAGGUAACAACCAAACGAGCACAGGCUUGGUGUCAGAGCAAGAACAAUAUCCCCUAUUUUGAAACCAGCGCCAAGGAAGCAAUCAAUGUGGAGCAGGCCUUUCAGACAAUUGCACGCAACGCUCUUAAACAGGAAACUGAAGUGGAGCUGUACAACGAGUUUCCUGAGCCAAUAAAGCUCGACAGGAAUGAGCGGGCCAAGCCGUCGGCAGAGACCUGCAGCUGCUGAGGACCCAGAAGAUUUAGCAGGGGCUUUCCGCUGCCCUUACUACCCCUUUCUUGCCUUGUCUCCAUUCCCCUCCUUCCCACAUCCUACUGUGUGAUCCUUGAUGCCCAACAUUAUUAUCACUGGCCUUUGUAGAUAUGAGCAAUGUCUUUCUCAAAAAGUAUACUACACACACACACACACACACAAACGAACAUGCUGCACUCACAUACCGAUGUAUACACAAUACACAUUUUCUAUUAAGAAAUGAGUCUCCUAGUCCAAAGAACACCUUGAAGAACCAUGGCAUUUGCUCUUGUCAUGCUUAUUACUUGGCAGUGUUUCCAAUAUACUUUUUUUUGGCAGUGGUGGGUUGGGGGCUAUUGGUUAUAGUUCCGUGUCUGCCCGUGUUUUCCACCAGAUUUUGGUUCCAUCGCUGCUUUUAGUUGGAUACUUUAUUAUAAAAGUGGUAAAUAUAAGCAUUAACCCUAUACUUAUGUUUAUGAAUAAAGUUAGACAAACUAACUUAUUACUCAGAAUUUCUUUUGCAGUGGUGGUAAUGCUUAAUUUCAUGGCUCACCACUGCUGCAUGAAUAUGAAGGAAACACUGCUUCUUACCUUAUACUCAUUUGUCUUGUGGCUCAAAAAAUGUUUCAGUCGACAUUCAUUUUCACAUCAUGUUGCCUCGUCCACACUAAAAAAAACUGCCAUGACACUUUGAGGGGAGGUCUGGACUUAACAAUUCACCACCUAAGGUUCUGCAGUGAAUGAAUUGAAAAUAUGUGAGGGGUAUAAAUGUGUUGACCAUGAUCAUGUUCUGGUUGCUGGUUACUGGUUAAUUGGCUUUGACGUGAAUUAAGUCCCAAUAGAAGUAUCAGACUGGUGUUUUCAUAAGUUACUUUGCUCUCAUCCAUUUGACAGACACAAUCAUAGCUCAAGGCAGAGGACUUCAUGUGAACACACUUUCUGCUCCUUACUGUAAAUGCUGUCCCCAACUUGCUGUUGACAGUUUCUGUUCAAGACAGGCCAUGGUUUGUCUCAUGAGUUAUACUUUAGCACAAUACUUGAGAUGGAGAAAUGAACCAAUUCAAGACGGCAUGACAUUUUGUCUGAUUAGACUUUUGGUGGGGGAUGGAUUUUCCUAAGUAUAAAUAUCAUUCAUGAUUGAGUACUAUGAGCUUGUACUUUUCUUUUUACUGGUAACUAUUGCAAGACUGUAUAUUUGCAGACCUCAAUCUUGUUGUGGGGAGGUAAAAAGCUGUGUUGUCAAUACCCAUGUCUGCUAAUUGCUCGUGUUGGCAAACAAUUUUUCAAGUGCUUGACAUUCUUUUAACCGAUCAGUUCUUUAACUGUCUGUUCGUAAGUUGUUUAGAAUUUGAAUUGCAUUAUAGAGGACAUGAUAGGAUACAUAACUUUAAAAAAAAAAGAUCAAAAAAUGUCGGGGGAAAGUUGGCAUUCGUCAUUAUUAUAAAAUAUGAUAAAUGCAUUUGCAUCUUCGUCAUUUGAAAAUGUCUGCUUUUCAAGUAAUAAGGGUAAUUAAAACUUCUUGAAUUAUG